GGGAGGAACAAGAGUGGGGCCAUUCUGAGUCCAGGUGAAGAGGAGACCGGCCCACCCUUGGAGAGAGGGCUCUCUGUCCACCAGAGCUCCACUGAGAGGCAGAUCAUGGAGGGCCAUCUGCCUGCUUCCCUCCUUGGCCUUGGCUUUCGAAUCAACUGGCCUUUAUUUCAAAUCGCAGGGAUGUCGCUUGUAAUCCGUCACCUUGGAAAACGCACUGAACCUUUCUGAUCUCUUUCCCUAUCCACAGAAUGGGGGAGAUUUUGGUGAUGCUGGAACUUUGGGAAGUGGUUCAGCUCCUCCCUCCGCAACCUGAGGGCUCCUCCCCUGCUAAUGACUUCUCCAGCCCCAACUUCCUCCCGGUACUCAAGACAGAACUGAGCAGCGCAGCACGGAGUCCAGCUUCUCAGAGGAAGACUGUGUAGGAAGCCCCAGGAAUCCCGUACACCUGCGAGCAGCCCAUGGCCCGGAGAAGAUGCUGAUCUCCUGUUACUGGAAAACAGGAAUUAGCCUGUCUGCUUGAGGAUGUGGUUGGUUCUUUAUAAAAAGGAUAUACACGAAAUUUGCACCAUAGACUGUGAGCUUCAUUAUGUUGCCGACAGCUUCCAGCAAAAGAAGAACUUUCGCAGCCAGGUAUUUCGCUCGCUCCAAAAGCCUGGUGAUGGGGGAGCAGAGUCGGAGCCCUGGGCGGCCGCCCUGCCCCCGCAGGCUGGGCCCCGUGCUGAAGGCGGGCUGGCUGAAGAAGCAGAGGAGCAUCAUGAAGAACUGGCAGCAGCGCUGGUUCGUGCUGCGUGGGGAUCAGCUUUUCUACUACAAGGACAAAGACGAGACCAAGCCUCAGGAAGCCCCUGCCAUGCUGUAAGGAUGCCUGAGUGGACCACGGAGUCAUGAGGAGACUGACCACAUGGGCCAGACAGACAAGUAAGGCAUCCUUGACCUUGAAAUCCACUCCACCCACCAGCUGAAUGAGGUCAAGUGAGUGACUCUGGCCCAGGCCAGGUGGAGCAAAAGAGCUGCCAGCUGAGCCCUACCUGAAUCCCUGAGCCACAGAAUCAAUAGAAACAAUGGAAAAAUCACUAUUUUUUAGGCUACUAAGUUUUAGGGUAAUAUGCCAUGGAGCAAUAGAUGACUAGAAUGGUUUAGGAAGGAUUAUUUUUCCCACUUGCCAGAUAAGGAAACUCAGGUACAGAGAAGUGAAGUGAUUUGCUUGUAAGCUAGUCAGUGCCAGGGCCAAGAUCCAAAACUAAACAAUCUGACUCCAGAAUCCCCUCUUACUCAUUAUGCUACUGUGUGUUUUUUUUUUUUUUAAUGACAUUUAAAACACACUCACACACACUUAGUGAAUUUAUAGAUCUAGGAAGGACAGCAAAGAUAGAAAACAGCACUGAGAUUCAAAAUCACCUUGAGAGUCUGCUUUCAUGGGAAAUCAUUAAGAUAAAAUAUAAAGCUCUCCCUUCGGUUCUGUGAUGUCACAGAAUGGAGAGACCAGGGUUUAAGAAUAGGUUGAAGAAGGCAGAGUUAAGAGUUUGAACUAGUUGAAAGCUCAAUAUUACUAACAGUGAGAAGAGGGUGCAAGAAAAGCUACUGAGGCUGGUGGGUUUGUUGAGAUGCACAGGAAUUAGAAGCAUGGAAGGAAGCUCCGCUGAGCUCUGCUGCAUCAGACCAGCUCACAACUGGAGAAUGAUAGUCCCCUUAAGGCACCCCAUUUUCAGUGCUGCAGAACCAGGACAGCCAGGAUGGUGAGGGGUCUGAACCCUGCCCAUCUGAGGACAAACUAAAUAAGUCAUCUGGAAAAGAAAAAUCUUGGGAAGGGCUCUAGAUCAGGCACUGCAUCCUUACAUGAAGACUGUAUUUGUUCUGUGAACCUCCAAAAGCUAUAGCCAGGACACAAUUGCACGGAGCCCACUGUGCCCCGUACAUAUAAAAAACACUAUUUCAGGGGAAUGAUCUGCUAGGCAAGGUGAGCUUCAGUCCCUGGUGCUGGACAAGCUGAGGACAGACCAUCACUUGACUAAGCGGCUUGGAGGAGAGUCUGUCGUGGGGGCAGGAAGCUGGCCCAGUUGAUCUCUGAAUGACCUUUCAACUCUCAAAGCCAAGAGGUCAGUGGAGACCUUAUAAGGCAAGGAGGAAUGGAGGAACAAUAAGGAGAGUCGGCUAAACCAUAGAGGUUUUCACACGUUACAUCCUGGAUAGGUACGAAGGGAACCUGGAGAAGCAGGUGAGCUCUGGGGGUCUGGCUAGAGCAGGGAAAUUUCCCAGACUUCCUGCUGUUGGUGCCAUUCCUGGUGGUUGGCGACCAUGUAGCGAGUGGUACAGCUCUCAACUGCAGCUGCUCGUAAAGGACUUUGCACAGACACGGUUGGCAGCAAGAGAGCUAGUGGGUACAGACCUGUGCAGCUGGUGUCUCCACCAGUCCCAUUUGGCCUCACGAACUUUCCCCCAGCUCCCUGAGAAGUCCAGACGUGUGAUUUCACUUCCUCCUUCCUACUUUCCACCUGCGCAUCUCUGGCCACAGAGGAACAAGUGCUUCAUCACCUUCCUAGCUGCCCCCAGAGACUUGGCACAGCAAUUCCAGUCGAUCUAGCUGCGCUCAGAAGGAGCAUGUGUGAGUGUGAGGGGAAAAUGCUGAAGCAUCAAGCAGCCCUGCUGGCCGCCUUAGGAUAGCUCAGUAGCUGUUGAGCACGUGUCCUCCCAGAGCUAAUUAGGAACUGAUAUUAAUGUUGCCAUUAGUGCUGCGAAAGAAAAAUUAAACAAUAAAUGUUUUCUUGUAUUAAAUGUCCUUGGGGAGAAUUUCAAAUGCUGCUUUUGUGAAGAAUUACUCACUGGAGUCUUAUUUUUUUUUUUAAAGAGUCAUCAUUUAUUUAGGUUCCAAUAUCAGAAUGCAUGGCUUUUUAAAGGGAUGCUUUAGAUUUUCGCAGCUAUUUGAGAAGUCCCCGCUACUCACAGAUCCAAAUGAAAAUGCUCAUCAAAUAGUUAUCUAAAAUCAAACGCAUGUUUUUAUUAGUAAAUUCAAAACUGGUGACAGCAGCCAACUUGUUUAUAAACAAUUUUUAAACUAUUUAGGUAAAGCAAUUUUUUUUCUGCAUCUGAUGUGUCAAGGCAAAACAUAAGAUGGAAGUAACCAUCCAAAAAUAUAUGUGUUUUCAAGCUUAGCUUGCGCCACAUAGCAGCUAUUCUGAAAGCGACCCCCGGAAUAGCAUAACAACACAGGUACCUAUGACUCAUUGUAGGGAAAGAAAACCCAGUUACUAAGAAGUCCGGUGACAGACUGCAGUGACACGUGUCUUGGUUGCCCCUGAAUUAUUUGGCCCUCAGGGUGUCACUGCCUACAGAAUGGGUCUUCACCUUAUAAAAAUGACUUCUGUGUUUGCUUCAGGGUGGCUGCCCAUUCUUGUAAAUGUAAUAAACUUCUCUCAGGAUCUGCUAAUUUAAGUCAAGAUGGAUAUUAGCUUACAGUACUUAAAUGUCUUCCACUUAAAAUAGAUCAGUCCUUUGGUUUUCAGUUGAACCCCGUUUAAUUUACAGUAAUAGCUAGAAGAUUGAUUGGUAAAUUACCUGUUUUGUCAAUUACUAGGC